AUCUUUGUUUUUGACAUCUAAUCUAACCUAAAAAACUUCAGGCACUCAAAAAAUGAGCUAAAAGAAGUGAAAGAAAAAAAGUACAAUGAAAUUGGAUGAAAACUUAUUUUAUUAAGUAAAAAUACUACAAAUACUUAUUUAGAGCUUUGAGAGAACUUUUACUACCAACUAGUACUAUCCAACAUAAAACCACAGAGUACGUUAACCUUUGUUUAUGGUAUGAAGUGAAAUUCAAAAUUUAUUUAUUUAUUUAUUUAGACAAAGAUUGCACUUAUACGUAUAAAAUCUUUGAUUACGAAGAUUGAGAAUUCCUCCUUGGUUUAUUGUUAAUAACUGCGUCUUGUCCACCCUAUUAACUCAGUGAUUUCAAAUGAAAGUCGGAUAUUCGAAUUUUCAAGGAUUAAUAAACAAAAGGGAGACAUGUUCCUUCUGAUAGAAAACAACAAAACAUUUUACCUCAUUAAAGAAGGCAAAUACAUAGUAGGAAGACAUGUAGGCGACAUCAUAAUUAAAAAUCAUUCAGUUAGCAGAAAGCAUGCAGAAAUCAUAGUUGAGAAUAAUGAGGCUUUUGUUCGGGAUUGUGAAUCAAAAUUCUUCACAACAUAUAAUGGAAAAAUACUCCUGAAAAAUGAAAAAACAAAAUUGGAAGACGGUGGGGAAAUCAUUUUCGGUGAAGUUAAAGUAAGUUUCAAAGUAGGUGAAAAUCUAGUUACUUGUUCUACAGGCGUAAAAGAACAUGAAGAUGAACUUCGUUUAAUUAUAAAAGAAAUAGGAGGUGAAUAUUUGAAAGACUGGAAUGAUACUUGCACUUAUUUGACAACUUCUGAGAUUAUGGUUACUUUGAAAGUUUUACAUGCUAUCAUGGAUAACAAGAAAAUAGUGACACCUAACUUUUGGAAGGCAUUCCUGAAGAAUAUGAAAGAGAAUAAAUUGCCACCUGAUCCAUCUGAAUUCUAUCCACCUUUGGGAGAAAGCAUGAUACAUACAAAAUUUUUAGACUAUAAUCCGGACAGAAAAUGUAUAUUUGUUGGUAAAACAUUUGCCUUUUGGAAGAAAAAGAGAUUCUCAAGUAUGCAUGCUAUUAUUUCAAAAGCAGGUGGAACUUGUUUGCUUAUACCAGCAGAAAAAAACAAAUCACAAAAGGAAUUGUUAGAACUCAUGGAUAAUUGUAUUGUCAUGGAUCCAGAAGACCAAUCCUUGGAAAAAACUUACUCUGUUAUAAUUGAAGCUUAUAAAAAGAAAGGAAAAAGAAUCAUACCUGUUCAAGAAAUUGUUCUUGCAAUUCUGCAAUGUUCAUGUGAAGAAAAUUGUAAUCCCUUUUUUGACAGAGCAAAAACAGUUUUCAUUAGGGAAAGCCAAAAACCAGGACCAUCUAAAGUGGUGGUUGGGGAGACUGAAUGUUUCGAGUUUGAGUCGGAAAAGGAACAAAAACCAGUUAUCAUUCCUUCUUCUUUCGAUAUGGAGAGUUAUUUAAAUACCCAAACUAAAAACGAUAAAACCAAAUAUGAAAAUCUCUCACAGGCAAAUGAUGACAUGACUAAAAAAACUGAAGUUUCUGGAAUUGUACAGAUAGACCUGGUAGAGGAUGAUGUUUCGAGCAAGAAAAAGUUAGCCCCAAUUUUCAAGAGACCAGCAGAAGAAACAUUUGCCCCUCCCCCAAAAAAAAUUAAAGAGGGCCAUGCAAGCAUGAAGUUGAACCCCUUCAGUGCCAUGAAAUCAAAAUUAAAUGAAAGGGAAUCUACAUCAAAGCUAGAAGUCGACUUAGAUCUAACCAAUAAUCCAUUUGGACAAAUUCAGUUCAAAAAAGAUAUCAAGAAAGAAAAUGAAUCUGAUGAUGUCAUAAUAGUAAAUGAUUCUGGAAACGACAACCCAAAAAAAAGAAAGGGUGAUGAUUGUGUAGAUUCUGUGGUCUCAAAAAAACGUACAAAAAUUAUUUGUAAGAAAAACAGAAAGUUUGUUGAAGUAGCACCUAUUGAUUUCUCAGAAUUGAAUCAUUCAGUUUCAAACGGAGUUUGGGUCGAUAAAACUUUCAAGGAGGAGAUAAAACCAACCCCUUUGAAUUUAGGUGAGGAAGAACAGAAAUGGUGCGAGAGAUUCAACAAUUCCGUUGUCAUUGUAUCAAAGGAUUUGUGGAGGAAAGACAAAGAGAACAUAACAGAUUUGACUUUGGCUCCAAGUUCAUCAAAUGUGAAAAAUUUCAAAAAAUUUCGUAAGGUAACUGUUCCCAAAUCAGGACAAAUUAUUAAGUGUUCGAAAAUAGUUUUUGGGAAUUCGAAUUUAGGUGUUGAUUACAAAUAUUCGGAUGAUGAAGACAACAGAAAUAUGUGAAAGAUGAUUUUUUUAAUACUUUGUUAUAUGAGUUUGGUAUGAAUAUAUUAAAGUAUAUUGAAUAUU